AUGUAUGUCCCAGCAGAGAACCGCCGCGCCAUCUACGCCUCCCUCUUCAAGGAGGGCGUCAUGGUCGCGCCCAAGGACUUCGAGGUGCAGCACCCGGAGCUUGAGAUCCCCAACCUGCAGGUCAUCAAGGCUGCCCAGAGCCUCACGAGCCGCGGCUUCGUGCACACCCAGUUCAGCUGGCAGUGGUACUUCUACACCCUCACCGACGAGGGCCUCGAGUACCUCCGCGAGUACCUCCACCUCCCCGCCGAGAUCGUGCCGGCCACGCACAAGCGCCCGGCCCGCCCGCAGCGCCCCAUGGGCGGUGCGCGCGAGGGCGGCGCCUACCGCGCGCCCCGCGGCGACCGCGACGGCGGCGACCGCGAGUACCGCAAGAAGGAGCAGGGUGCUCCGGGAGACUACCGCCCGCGCUUCGGCGGCGUCGGCCGUGGCGCUGGUGCCCCGCCGUCGUAA